AUGGAAUACCAUCAACGUCUUGUUAGAUCUACUUCAAGUGGUGCAAUAUUAGAUUACCCAACUAAUGAUAAUUGGAAUAGGCUAAGUGACUUAUGUGAAGUUUUAAAACCUAUAUACAUUGCUACAACAUUGUUAUCAAAUACAAAAUAUCCAUCACUUGGAGAUGUACAUCUUACAUUUUUGGGGAUUUUAAAAAAUUUAAAUGAUAUUAUUGAUAAUGAUCAGAAUGAGCAAUAUUUAAUAGCAGAUUCUGUUAGGCAUAAGUUGCAAGUCUAUUGGAAUUUAAUUGAAAAAAAUACAAGAAUCUGUUCAAUAUUAGAUCCCCAUUCGAAAUUAAGACUUUUUUUUAAUAAUGCUGAUAUCAGUGAAGUUAACAAUGAUGUUAAAGAAUUAAUAACUGAGCACAUUUCAAAUGCAAACAAUAAUAGCCAUAAUAAUAAUCAAUACCCUAUUUCACAUCAU